CAGCAACAGUUAGUCAGACACCUCCGUAGCUUGCUAGACAAAAUAGCCGAACCAAUAAAGCUCUUCAGACGCGUUCGUGUGUAUUAGACACUGUUUUAAACCCACUUCUGUAGUCUAGUUAGUUAUCCGGUUUAAUUUCAUAUUUACGGUGUUGUUGUUAUUAUUCAGCUAGCGGGUUGGUUAAGUUAGCAUUAGCCUAGCUAGCUAAUAGUCCCGACCAUGGGGUCACUAAGCUCCACUCCACCUGCUAAAUAAUGAGUAGUUAUUUAUGAUGCAAGGUGAUUUGUAGAUCAAUCAGUCGCCUGCAGUGUUGAACCAGCCCAAUACCAAACCAAUCAGUUGGUUGUUCGAUGAAAUUAAUCUUCAGACGUCAUUGAUGACGUGCUGCUGAUAAAGUGAUACAGGCAUCAGCACACUGCUUUGAAGUUUACUGUUUAGCGAUUUGGACGCAUGCCUCGUAGCUCCGGUAUCAAACGUAACAUCCCUACCGAAAAGUUGACAAAACAAAAAGGAGCAAGCAGGUAUGCUUUUCAAAAGUCAUGCUUCCUACACUUUAACUUGUCUGAAAAUUAAAUAGACUUUUUACUCAACUGCGUUACCCACUCCAGUCAGCUGAUGGCGGUCUGGGACUUUAAGGCAAUGCUGCUGGUGUGACGUUUCAUCUCGUGGACGGAACUCUUUUCAACAGCAGCAGCAACAACAGUCAGCCACCCACCUCGGUAGCUUGCUAGACAAAAUAGCUGAACCAAUAUAGCUCUUUAGACGCUUUAGUGUAUAUUAGCCACUGUGUUUUACACCCACUUCUGUCGUCUAGUUAGUUAUCCGCUUUAAUUUCAUAUUUACGGUGUUGUUGUUAUUAGUCAGUUAGCGGGCUGGUUAAGUUAGCAUUAGCCUAGCUAGCUAACAUCUCCGACCAUGCGGUCACUAAGCUACUCCCCUGCUAAAGAAGAGCAGGAUAUCACAGUAAAACAAGAAGUAGAGGAUGAGGCCGUUACUGUGAAAGAAGAAAAAGACACGUUCAGAGUGAAAGAGGAGGAUGUUACAGUAAAAAGAGGGGAGGAUGGAGUUUAUGGAUUGAAAAAGGAAGAGGGGGAGAUGACCGUUACAUCAAAAAAGGAGGAGGAGGAGGAAACUGGAUAUGUGGGCCCGGUUUCCCAAACAUAUCUUAAGGCGUCCGACCGUUCUAACGCUGAAUUUAGCCAUAAGAUGGUUUUGAGAAACCGUUCCCUGAUGAACACUAGAGAGAGACGGUAUUAUCGUGGAUCCUCUGGGGAGCCUCAACAACAUCAUGAUGCUGAAGAGGCAGAGAAGAGUCUCUCCCGAUCUCUUCCCAUAGGGAACAUAACUCACUGCUGCUCUGACAUUGGGAAGAGAUUCACCUCAUCAGGCAUUAAAAUUCAUCAGAGAAUCCACACAGGAGAGAAACAUAGCUGUGGUCAAUGUUGGAAGAGAUUUGCUACAUCUGGCAAUCUGACACGACACCAGAGAACACACACAGGAGAGAAACCUUAUAGCUGUGGUCAAUGUGGGAAGAGUUUUGGUCAAUCUGGAGAGCUGACAGUGCACCAGAGAAUACACACAGGAGAGAAACCUUAUAGCUGUGAUCAAUGUGGGAAGAGUUUUGCGACAUCUAACUGUCUGACAGUGCACCAGAGAAUACACACAGGAGAGAAACCUUAUAGCUGUGAUCAAUGUGGGAAGGGUUUUGCUUCAUCUAACCAUCUGACAGUGCACCAGAGAAUACACACAGGAGAGAAACCUUACAGCUGUGGUCAAUGUGGGAAGAGUUUUAGUCAAUCUGGAUUUCUGACAGUGCACCAGAGAAUACACACAGGAGAGAAACCUUAUAGCUGUGAUCAAUGUGGGAAGAGAUUUGCUACAUCUGGCUCUCUGACAGUACACCAGAGAACACACACAGGAGAGAAACCUUAUAGCUGUGGUCAAUGUGGGAAGACAUUUGCUACAUCUGGCAAUCUGACUCAACACCAGAGAACACACACAGGAGAGAAAUCUCAUAGCUGUGACCAGAGAUAAUCUGAUAAAGGAUCUCUGAUCAAAUAUUAGAAAAUACAUAAAUGGAGUUGUUUCAUGAUUUCAAUGAAUGCAUGUCACAAUGUAGAAUGUUUUAACAUUGUAGUAGGAGUAUUGUCUCAAUGUAGAAGCCUAAACGUUGAUUUCACCAUGCUAUGGAUAUUAGCCUCGGGAAAUCCAGGCGAAAAAUCCUGGCUCUGAAAUAUAGGACAUAUUUGUUGUCUUUAGGGGGAAGGUGUUCCAGGCUUUGGUUCUUCCAUUUAUGUUUUGAGGUUGGACUUCAGCACAUGUAGCUCAUUAGCACGUGUAGCUCAUUAGCACUGAUUGGUGUCACCUUGUUAGUCAGUAUGUGUUACACCUGUGCUGGCUUGUCCAUCUCGUUAGUGGGAAGGUGUUUUACCUGAGCUGGUCCAGGUUCUAUUUAAUAGUGUCUGGCCCAGUGCUCCAGUUGUCUUGAUAGAUGUGGAGAGUCAACCUUUAGUUGCUCCACCUUUUUGGUUUACUUCCUGUCUUUAAGUUUGUGGGUUUUUCUUUUGUUUACAUCUUCUUGGGCAGAUUUAGUGGGUCUCAUGGUGGAUGUCUUUCAUGUCUCAGUUGUUGUUACUCGUCAACUUCCAGUGGACACCCCCAUAGUGUCUUUCAGAGCCCCUCCUAAAAAACAAGCUAAUAUUUUGGGUUGGAUAUUGCAUCCAAUUAAUAUUUCAAUCAAUGGAAUUUCCUUAAUGUUCAUUAGUCUUUCAGUUGUUAAUCUACUGUUUGUUGUGUACAAAUUUCUUUUGUUUAUUUUCAUUUUGUUUUUUUCCUGUGAAGCCAUUGCAUCCAUGUCUGAAAUGUGCUAUAUAAAUAAAACUUGAUUUGAUUUCAACAAACGAACCCAACGACUGACCAAUCAACAGUCUCUUGGUCCCACUUAGUAUGAAAAACAAUAUCAAUCCCACUUUUCCAGCCUGCUGAAGGAGUGGUAAACACCACCCCCGGCUCUACCAAGGGCUUGAGGUGGUCUCCCACAGCGUUGCUUAUGUCAUGCUCUGUGGCCUUGCUGUUCCAUUUCUUGACUGUACCUGCAACACAGAAAUAAACAUAUUUAGUCAUAUUAUAUAAAACAUAAGUAAUGAAUAUGGAGCGUCUAUGGCCUCAGUUACACCUGGCACCUAAAUGUGACUUCUGUCAUUGAUCACUCCAAACUGCAUUAGGUUCAGAUCUACCAGGAUGGGCCUUUGACAGUCUGGACGCAGUCAGGCCACUGAAUAUAAAUAAGCAACAUAAAGAGGUGGGGAGAAGUACAUUCUACACAAAUGACCUUCAUAAUAGCAAAGAACAAAUGUGUGUGCCUGAGGGGAAAUUAACUUUCAUACAGCCAAAAGGGGUGAGAAAUUACACCAAUAUCUGGACAAUUGGCACUAAUGUAAAUAAACAGAUGAUGGAACAUUUUCCCUUAUGCUGAUGUGAUGAACCACUAAGGGGACAUAAAUAUUUACCAUCUAAACCAUGUGUGACCUCUGGCUGUAGAAGUGUUCUUCCUAACCAGUCCCUCAACAGCUCUCUGACUGCGCUCCACCCUCACUGGGUCUUCAGAGGAGAGGAAGGCUGAGGAGGGAUGGAAGGAUGAAUGGAUCAGUCAGUCAAUAAAGUGUAGAGCUAUUUAGUAGUUCAUUAAAGUAAAUAAGGCUUUAUGACUGCUGAAUAUGAACUAUCAAUCACUUAGAUUGUGUAUUUUCAGGUAGCUAUACAUCCCUGGGACUUCCCGAGCCCAUUGAAGUUGACAUUUAAAAUGGUUACAUUAGGGGUUAAGGUUAGGGAUGUCCCAAGAAUCCCAAAUAGCAUUGACCAUUGUGCAUUUCUAUCCGAUGUGAAAUGGCUAGCUAGUUAGUGGGGUGUGCACUCAUAGCAAUGUUUCGUGGGAGGCAGUUGUUGAUGUGUGCAGAGGCCCAAUUUUUCAGUUUUUGAUUUGUUAAAAAAGUUUGAAAUAUCCAAUAAAUGUCGCUCCGCUUCA